CAAUACGCAUAAGCAACGGCUAUGUCUUUCGUCUCUAAACGAAAAUUGGGGUUUUAGAGAAGAAACAAGACGACCGAAAAUUACGGUGAAUGACUCUUCUUCAUCUCACAUCGAACCUCAAUGGGUUUCAUCUGCUUAAUCCACAACAAAGUCCGAAACUUUCAUCGAUAUCUAGAGUGUCUCUGUUGAUUUCACAUCGAACCCAGUUCCAAAGUUUGGUUCUUUGUGCAAAGAAGAGUAAUAAAAGAGUUGGGUACCGAAGAAUCACGAGGCUUCUGUUCAAUUCUCUGUCUUUACUCUCCCCUAUUCUCCAGAUUUUGCCUCAGCCGUUGGAUCUCGUCGUUGCUGAUUUGGGCGGCGUAGAUGGAGGAGGCGGAGGAAGAGGAGGUGGGUUAGGGUUUUGGAAAGGAUGGGGAAGAUUUGAUGGAUGGAGAAGGAAACGUAACAGAGUACCAAUUUUGGUUUUUGUUUGUGUGAUUCUUUGGAUUUAUGGUUUCUGCAGAAUCUCUAGGAUAGAGAUUAAGAGAGAAUUGGUUUUGAAGGUUUUGGGGAUUUGUUUGUUUGGUGUCACAAUGGUGAAAGAGUUGAAGAGAGAGGCUAGAGUUUUGGUGUUUGGGUUUCUUUUUUGCGUUGCUUCAUUGGUUCUUGGAUUCAAGAAAGAGAGUUUUGUGAAAUUAGUUUCGAGAGUUAGAUCUUGUUCUUCAGUUCUUCUUUCUAAUAAGAGAAGUCGUAGAAGAGUGUAAAUAGAGACGAAGAAAUUAUUGAUUCUGUUGUUUCCUUCCUCCAUUAUCUUUCAAUUGAGACUUUUUACUU